GGGGGAGGGAUGAGGGGUGAUAGGGGGUUAGGGUGGUGCAGGAGGAGCGGCUCUAGGCUGCUGGAGGCGGGAUGGGGGCGGGAGGGAGCAAAGGAGCCGCCCCCCUGAGCUCAGUGAGCCGGGGCCCUGGAGAGCUACUGGCCUUGGGGAGAGUACAGCUGGGCCUGAGACUGGGAAGGAGUACUGCUGCCGAUCAAAGCCCGGAGGGAUGGGUCCCGGGGACCCGGGGCCACAGGAGAAGCAUCAGACAUCCACUACCACCUGACAUGUCCCUUUGCCCAUUGUACAACUUCAGCUGGCAAGGGGAGAACUCAACAUGCCCAGAGACCAACAGCUCAGAAACCCAGCCAGCCCCAUCCCCAGCGAUGCCCAUCUUCUCCAUGACACUAGGUGCUGUCUCUAAUGUCCUGGCUUUGGCCAUCCUCGCCCGCGCCUUUAUCCGAUUCCGCCGCCGCCGUUCUCGGGCCCCCUUCCUGCUCUUUGCCACCGGCUUAGUGGCCACAGACUUUGCUGGCCAUGUGAUUCCAGGAGCCCUGGUCCUGCGGCUCUAUGCCACAGGUCUGGCUCCCGCUGGCCCUGCCUGCCAAUUCAUGGGGGCUUGUAUGGUCUUUUUUGGCCUGUGCCCACUGUUGCUGGGCUGUGGGAUGGCAGUUGAGCGUUGCGUAGGAGUGACCCGCCCCCUGCUCCAUGCCAGCCUGGUCUCAGCUGCCCGAGCCCGCCUGGCACUCGGGGUACUUUGGGGCAUUGCCUUAGGCAUUGCUCUCCUGCCCCUGCUGCAUGUGGGGCGCUAUGAGCUGCAGUACCCAGGAACUUGGUGCUUCAUCGGGCUGGCCCAACCAAGGGGCUGGGGUGAAGCCAUCUUGGCGAUGCUCUUCUCUGGCCUUGGCCUGGCCUCUCUACUAGCUGCCCUGGUGUGCAACAUGUUCAGCGGACUAUCGUUAGUCCGAGCACGUUGGCGGCGGCGCCAGGGGAGCAGCCGCAGAGUGGCCCGUAGCGGCAUUGGCGGUUCCUUAUCCUCUUCAGCUUCAUCUUCCUUCUCCUCCUACUCUUCUCCUGCCCCACGCCGAGCUCGGGCCCAUGAUGUGGAGAUGGUUGGCCAGCUGGUGGGCAUCAUGGUGGUAUCCUGCAUCUGCUGGAGCCCUUUACUGGUGUUGGUGGUGCUUGCUCUGGGAGGCUGGAGCUCAGGCUCCUUGCAGCGCCUGCUCUUCCUGGCUGUUCGUUUGGCCUCCUGGAAUCAGAUCUUGGACCCCUGGGUCUACAUCCUGCUGCGCCAAGCUGUGCUGCGCCAGCUGCUGCGCCUGUUCCCGCCCUGGCAUGAGGCCAAGGGCCUGCCCCGGGGAGCCUGGGACGCGAGCUCCUUGCGCACCUCGCAGCGCAGCACCAUCGGCCGCGUGUAGGGCCUUGGGGGCGCCGGGGUCCCAGGCCAGGCCGCAUCGUGCAAGCGCGACUGAGAGGCACCGUGGAGCCUGGAGGGUCAGCUAAGAGAGACCGAGGGGAAACGGGGAACCUGGAAGAGGGGCUCAACUCUUAAGCUGCCCAGAUGGGAGAGGGGAGACAAAGGAAGGGCAGGAGGGCAACGAGCUAGAGCCGGGAGGGAGUAACUCCAACUUUCGCCUGGUGCUGACCCGGGGCUUCCAGGCACUGCCCGGAGGGAGAUGGGGUAAGGGCGGUCCGCGGGGCGGAGCCCAAGGGAAAUAAAGAUAUUUUGCAUAUUC